GCUUCCCGCAACUUGGAGAGCGGGGCCGAGGCGCCGGCCGCCGGCAGGGCAGCCAUGGAGGCAGCGGCGCGGAGGCGGCAGCAUCCGGGAGCGGCGGGCGGUGCGGGCGCGCAGCCGGGCGCCUCCUUCCUGCAGGCCAGGCACAGCUCUGGCAAGGCUGAUGAAGCUGUUGGCACAGCUCCCUUCCACCUCGACCUCUGGUUCUACUUCACCCUGCAGAACUGGGUUCUGGACUUUGGCCGGCCCAUCGCCAUGCUGGUGUUCCCACUCGAAUGGUUUCCACUCAACAAGCCCAGCGUAGGGGACUACUUCCACAUGGCCUACAACAUCAUCACGCCCUUCCUGCUGCUCAAGCUCAUCGAGCGGUCCCCUCGCACCCUGCCCCGCUCCGUGAUCUACGUCAGCAUCAUCACCUUCGUCAUGGGCGCCAGCAUCCACCUGGUGGGCGACUCCGUGAACCACCGCCUGCUCUUCAGUGGCUACCAGCACCACCUGUCUGUCCGCGAGAACCCCAUCAUCAAGAAUCUGAGCCCCGAGACGCUGAUCGACUCCUUCGAGCUGCUCUACUACUACGACGAGUACCUGGGCCACUGCAUGUGGUACGUCCCCUUCUUCCUCAUCCUCUUCAUAUACUUCAGUGGCUGCUUCACUCCCACCAAGGCGGAGAGUUCAAUGCCGGGGGCAGCCCUGCUCCUGGCCAUGCCCAGUGGCCUCUACUAUUGGUACCUGGUCACCGAGGGCCAGAUCUUCAUCCUCUUCAUCUUCACCUUCUUCGCCAUGCUGGCCCUUGUCCUGCACCAGAAGCGGAAGCGCCUCUUCCUGGACAGCAACGGCCUCUUCCUCUUCUACUCCUUCGCUCUCACCCUCCUGCUCGUGGCCCUGUGGGUCGCCUGGCUCUGGAACGACCCCGUGCUCAGGAAGAAGUACCCGGGUGUCAUCUACGUCCCCGAGCCCUGGGCCUUCUACACCCUCCACGUCAGCAGCCGACCCUGAGUCCCAGGCAGCGGCCGCUCGGGGCCCUGCCUGGAGGGAGAUGAGCUGUAGCGAGUGUGUGAGUGUGGGAUGUGUGUAUCCCCCCGUGGAUGUGCGGUCAUCACGGCGUUGGUGGGGAUGUGCGUAUGUAUGUGUGUCUGCUUAUGUGUAACUGGUAACAGGUCAUUGGUGAGGGUGUGCAUCGUGCACUCGGACAGGUGUGUGUGUGCACGCGUGCGCAUGUGCAGAGUGCACCAUCAUAAUACUCAGUUGUCUGGAUCAAGUUUCUCUUUGGUUUGGAUCUUUUCAGGUUGGGAUAUAGUUUCAGGCAGUGCGUCCAGGCCGAGGUCGGGGCCCUGCCUUCUCGUGCACCUGACUGGAGCCGGGCCCCCUCACGUGCUGUGCGGGGCCGGUCUCUUCCGGGGUGUCCUCUGGCCAUGCUGUGUAGGUGGGUGGGGCAGCAGCAGUGAGGGGACUGGGCAUGUCACCGUCCCACCUGGCUCACCCCUCAGACCUGCCCUGACCCUGCAGGCAGAUGACAAAGGUUAAGUUCACUUUCUGGGCAUUGAGCAAAGCGCAUCCCUCCCCUGGGCCUCACUUGCACUGGCGGGGCUCAGGGCCCAGAGUGUGUCGAGGGGCUGGUUGUGGUCUCCUCUUGGGGCAGCCUUGGGAUGGAUGGAAAGUUCUUUCCUGUCACUUCCCUCUGCUACCCCGGGUAGGGUACGUGCACCUCAGAUCCCCACCCAAACUCAGGUCACACAGAGUGUUGAGCCACCCAACCCUGGAGAGCCGGAGGCCAGCCGCCUCCCCUGACCACAGCCCGGUCUCGGGGCCUCCAAUCAUUUCCCUCUACCGUAAGCUGCCUCCCUGCUCCCCACCGGAACUGCGGCACCCCUUCCUGGCAGCCUACCCGGGAUGUUUGAGCUGCAGCUCGCAGUAUUCCCUGAGCCCCAUUAGAGGGCCAGGGGGGCUCUUGGGGCUGUUGGGGACCAGGAACCGGAGGCCUUGUCUCAGCCUGAAUCUCAUGCCUUUGCUCGUGGCCCUGCUCCCAGAAAAGGGAGGCUCCGCUCCCAGCAGGACGCCCCGGGCCCACGUCCCCCCGGCCUUGGGGCCAAGUGUGCCCACACAGCUGCCCGCGCAGUCCCCCUUUCCAGCCAGCACUGGCUCAGCGAGCUGGGGGUCUUGGGGCCUUGCCUUCCCCGGGGCCUUGCGCCUCUCCUGUGUCCUCAGGGAGCCCCAGGCCUCAGCUCCUUUCAUGUUGGGGCCCCUCUACAGCCCCCCUUAGAGGUCCCCCAGCCCCUGGUCGGACGGGUGGAGGGACGUGUGAAUAAAGACCAGCGUGGAGCCAA